AUCUAUAUUAUUUUAUCAAGUUGUAUUAUGGUAUCAGAGCAAAGAUUCUCAAAAACCUACUCCCCAAUUCGAUCAAGCCACCGCCGCCGGUCUCUCUCUAUUUCUUUGCAUUGAUGGUGGACCGCCGAUCAAGACAUGGCAUCCAUGUUCGACCCCCUUGCCUCUCUUCCUUCCGAACUGAAACUUUUACUCUGUAAUUUCCACAAUCUCAUCCUCAAAAAACUCACUGAUUCAAACUACCCUGCAUGGUCUCUCAAUGUCAGGACUGCUCUUGAUGUUAAUAUCCUUUUUAGGUGCAUCGAUGGCUAUGAAGAAGCGCCACAAAGAAAACCUCCAAGGAAGAGAAGAUCGAGAUGCCCUGAAUGAAGAGAUCCCUGAACAAGAUGUGGUAAAUGUUGCUAUCCGCGGUCUCCCUUCUGAACACUCUGCCUUUAAGAAGAUCAUCCGUAUGAACAACGAGAAUAUCAGUCUCAGUCAGUUUUCUGGGUUGCUCACCUCUAAAGAAAUCAACUAUGAGAUAUAAAACAAAUAUAGCCUGACUAAUUCUGAUUAUGAGAGUACACACAGGGCUCUCUAUUCUUCAGUCGAGGCGUGGUCGAUGAGGUAGCCACAGUUGACUGUAUGCUGGACUUGGGAAUGGUUCUCCUUGCGACAAUCGAAGUAACGGAAGCAGAGAGGGGUCGCAGUCCUCCACGUGAUCUUAUAGUUUGUAAAAUUUGUGAGAAGCGUUUCAAUUCUGCUGCUACAUAUUGGUACUGCUUUGAUGAUUUUUAUAGUAUGAAUAACUCUUCCAACACAUCCCGCGUUAUGCAUGCCGCCACAACUAGUUAAUUUAGUGAUUGGUAUCUUGAUAUAAGUGCCAACGCCCAUGUUAUGCAUGAUCUCUCAGAGUUACAAUCUCCUACUCCAUAUCAUGGUACUAAAACCAUCACUGUAGAUAGUGGACAACGUCACGAAUCAGGUGCGAUACACGGGUCCCUG